AUGGUUUUUUAUGAAUCCUAUUUGCUUUUUUCUAAGGUUGCCAAUCCUGACGAAAUUGGUUCUGUGUUAUCUCAUAUUGCCAAGUUGGCCAACACAUACCAUGGUGUUCUUCUUCGCACUCAGGACCUCGGAAUCAGGUACACAUCCCACCGGGUGAAUAAGGCUCGUGUUGGUGUUUUCUGGUAUGGAAGGUACUUCUAUGUCGCCUUAGCUGCCAACCCUAAGAUCGUCCCCAACCUACACAAGCUUUACAACUCAAACUCGAGCAUCCUCAGACACACUACCAUUAGGAUGCUGUAUCGCACCAACUUGAUGACUAGUCCCUACAGUCACCUCUACGACCCCUAG